CCUUACUUUUCAGCCAGUUAUGACAUUCUUUGCAGGAUAACAGCACUGCUGGGAUUUGGCAGCAACCACAACAACAAUUAUCAUGUUAGCAGUGUGCUGGGACAGUAGUUGCACACAUGUCAUGAAUGCUGCUGCAGAUGAGCAGGUGUAUGCUGGGCGAGCAGUACCAAACAAAUGACAGGAUUUGUUGGGAGUCAGGAAGAUGAUGUUAAACGUAAAGUCACGGUGCAAAACACAUCUUUGACCUUUUUCCUCGAGUUAUUUCCCUGCAUCUUUACUAAAACAAAAGAAAUGUGUGCAACCUCUGCUAUUCAACUCUCUCCCUCCUUACACCCUAUUUUUUUCUCCUUUCCCAGUUUCGUUCGUUCCCUCCCCUCCUCUCUGCGUCUUCCAAUGACUCACAUGCUCCCCCUCCCCCUAUGUGUCAUAUGUUUUCACCCCUUCUCCUCCCACCUCCCCAAUCCCUCUGUCUCCCUCUCAUUCGCCCACAUACGCUCACUUUCUCCACAAGGCUUCAAAUACGCUGCAGGUAACGUUUAAAAAGAUUGAUCUAUUUCUUCAUUCCCUCCAUCCCUCUAAAACGUAAUCCAUCCCCCUUCCCUCUUCUCCUCAUUUCCUUCUGCGCUGUGUUUACUUACUCACCAUCUCAUCUCUCCAUUGGUCUUCUUUCUCUCACUGAAACAGCAGAGAAAAUUGAACUGGCUUGUGGUUCGGAACAGGUUGACAGUAGAUUCAUAAAUAGGAUGUCCAUAGUGAAUAUUGUUGCCAGGGAGAUCCUGGACUCCAGGGGAAACCCUACUGUGGAAGUAGAUCUGCACACUGGCAAAGGUCUGUUCAGGGCUGCUGUGCCUAGCGGGGCAUCCACCGGCAUCUACGAGGCUCUGGAGCUCCGGGAUGGGGACAAGACUCGCUACAAGGGCAAAGGUGUUACCAAGGCUGUUGGUCACAUUAAUGACACCCUUGGACCUGCGCUCAUCCAGUCGGGAAUCAGUGUGUUGGAGCAGGAGAAACUAGACAACAUCAUGAUUGAAAUGGACGGCACUGACAACAAAUCUAAAUUUGGGGCCAAUUCUAUUCUUGGAGUAUCACUGGCCAUAUGUAAAGCUGGCGCAGCAGAGAAAGGUGUCCCCCUGUACCGUCACAUUGCUGAUCUGGCAGGAAAUGGAGAGUUGGUCCUCCCAGUUCCUGCUUUUAAUGUGAUCAAUGGGGGCUCCCAUGCUGGUAACAGGCUGGCUAUGCAGGAGUUCAUGGUACUUCCUGUCGGGGCGGAAUCUUUCCGUGAUGCUCUGCGUGUGGGUGCGGAGCUCUACCAGACACUGAGAGGUGUCAUCAAGGAGAAAUAUGGCCAGGAUGCAACAAAUGUGGGAGACGAGGGAGGGUUUGCCCCUAAUAUACAAGAGAACAGUGAAGCCCUGGAGUUGAUAAAGACAGCCAUAGAGAAAGCGGGCUUCACGGACAAAGUGGUGAUAGGGAUGGAUGUUGCUGCUUCAGAGUUUUUUAUCGAGGGCAAGUACGACCUGGACUUUAAGUCUCCACCCAAUGCUGCCCGUAAUAUCAGUGCUGAGGAGUUGGCCAGCAUCUACCAGGGCUUCAUUAACAACUACCCAGUGGUGUCUAUUGAAGAUCCUUUUGACCAGGACGACUGGCCUGCUUGGUCGCAGUUCACAGCCUCAGUGGGCAUCCAGGUGGUUGGAGACGAUCUAACGGUCACUAACCCACGCAGGAUACAACGAGCCGUGGAGGACAAGGCCUGCAACUGCCUGCUGCUUAAAGUCAACCAGAUUGGCUCUGUCACAGAGGCCAUCAAGGCGUGUAAGCUGGCCCAGGAGAACGGCUGGGGUGUGAUGGUGAGCCACCGCUCAGGAGAAACAGAGGAUACCUUUAUAGCUGACCUGGUGGUUGGUCUCUGCACUGGACAGAUCAAGACUGGAGCUCCCUGUCGAUCAGAACGUCUGGCCAAAUACAAUCAGCUCAUGAGGAUUGAGGAAGAGUUGGGUGACCAGGCCCGCUUUGCUGGGCACAACUUUCGCAACCCUAGUGCCCUUUGAGUACCAGGCCAUUAGCAGUGGCACACAAGAAAGCACGCAUACAAACAAAUCAUGUUGUAUUUCCCUGACGGAUGCAUAGUAAUGACAUAAUAACACCUGUUUUAGCAAAGCUCCAAACACACUUAAAAGCAUUAAGACUAAUUCCUUUUCAAAUAACUAAAAUGCACAGAUAAUGCACCGUAGCUACAGUAUAUUGACCUGACUCCUCUGCAAAUGAUUGACUUAAUUGACUCCAGCCAGUUGGAGCAAAUCCUGAGCAAAGCCUGGAGGGGGGAAAAUCAGUGUUUCACCUCUCAGCAAGAUGAGCACUUGCCCUGAUGCAGUUGUUAGUUUCUUUCUCUUUCCUGAUCCCUCUGACUGUCUCCUUUUGACUCACUGCAGACGUGUUUUGAUCUUGUGUGUCCUGUUGUUUCCUCUUCCUCCAGUUCUAAUGUAAUUUUUGAUGUGAACCCUCCGCAGCUUGCCAAACAAUUGUAUCUGUUUUUUGUCUGUCUGAGGUUAAGCUUAAUAAAGAAAUGGAUACCUGUUAACUCAAA